UUUGGGUGCUCUUUUUACGGCCACCAUUGGAAGCAUACUCUGCUGGGUUUUGUGGGGCAACCAAGAAGCCAGUCAAGGAUGGACCAGUAUGUCCAGUAGGUCGCUGCAGCCAUGACAAGGCUUCUGGGCUUUGUAUGACAAUGCCUGCACAGGAAGUAUGGGAGCUGCGGGGAGAAGAGCAUGGGGAGCUAGGUGGAAAUAAUGAAGAGUGGAAACAUGGACAAGACAUCCCUGGCAAUAGAAGGACAGAACCAACUCCCUGUCAGGAACCAGAUAAACUGUACACAGUCUCUGGAUGGCACAAGACAGAGGAUUCUACCAGGAGAGAUGAAGAUGAGAUCUGUCACAACAAGAUCAUACACUGCCCGUCCAAGGCUAUGGGCAUCAGAAGAGAGGAACAUGAAUAAAGACAGUAUAAGAGCAAAGACUGCACACAGACGGCUAUCUGCCGAGAUGUCAGUGACCCAAGGAUACAGCGUUAAUGAGUUAAUCGCCAUUAUAAAGGACAAAUUAAUUAACUCCCAUAAGUAUAUUUAUCAGAUGUUUUGUAACAAUGACCCCAAAGGACAAGGGACGAUUUCCAGGGAAGCAAUGACAAGAGUCUUAUGGAAUUUAUGUGGUUUCUUAACUACACAGCAAAUCAAUAAUCUACUCAACAGACUGAAUUUAUCUGGGAAAUCUAGCAUAUCAUUUGAUGAUUUCAGAGUAUGUUUCCAGGCUAAUAAGGUCCAUAACACUGAAUGGCUAAAGCCCAGUACACCUAAACAUCUGCAACGAAAUGUGGGAAAACAAAAGUGCACAACAGCAACAAAGGACAGCCCUCGUAGUGACGAUGACAGAACAUGGAGAACACUGGGAGAGGAAGUAAGCAAGAGUGGAUUGCUUGAAAAUUUUCUUCCGUCAUGUUGCAUUUGUGCAUCUGGAAUGAUCACAUUAGAGCAAUUUACCGUGGCCUUGAAGUGUAUGGGUAUAACAUUUAGUGAUGAAGAGCUCCAGAAUACAUGGACAAGGACCGAAAAUGUAACAAGGUCUGCUAUGCCCACUGUUCUUCUUUUCAGAAAGUUGGGACUAAAGUUUCCAGCUAAUACUAAAGCUGGAAGCAUUUCUAAUGAUAAAAUUAAUAAAAGCAUUCAAGAAGUCAUCUGCAUGACAAAAGAAAAGUUAAACGAAGCAUGUUUGUCAUUGGUGCGAGAAUUCAGUAAAAUGAACACCUCACGAUCUGGUCUGAUUAACAGGUCUGAAUUGCGGCUUGUCUUGCAAAACUUUAACAUUCCUAUGACAGCUGUAGAUUUGGAACAUUUACUUGCAAGAUUUAACUUGAGAAGAAAAGAUGGCCUUGUGGACUUCCUGUCUUUUGUGAAUAAACUAAAGAGCAGAUCCAGGCUCAGCUUCAUAACAAAAAUGUUAGAACAUUCAGAACAAAGACAAGACAAUUAUUUUGGUGGUUUAUCCAGUGGCACCCGAGAAUGUAUUGCAGCUGAAGAAGCUGAAUGGCUGCUUUUCCAGUUAUGCCAAGGCGCUUUUAUUCAAUUACUAGUACAAUUUCGCCAAGCUGAUACCCUGGGAAAUGGCUGUAUUAAUAAAGAUGACUUUAAAGAAAUAAUUGAGAAAACUAUUCAAAAUCCCUUGACUCCAGAACAAAUUAAAAGCUUUGCCAUUUUUUUUGGAGAAGAGGGUUCCAAUUAUAUACAUUUCAUGAAGUUUGUAGCACUGCUUCAAGACAGGCCUUCAACACUUGAGCUAAAGGAAGAAGUGGAACAGCUUUCAUCCUUGAUCAAAGUCCAUUAUCGUAUUGACAAAAUUCGGUAUCUUAAAAAUUUUGAAAUGGAUUUGUCAAGAUACACUCUUGCACAAACCCCAAGAAAGUUGCCAGAGAUACAUUUGAUUGUCCGGGAUCUUCUCCAGCAAAAAUUCUGGCAGUUCUGCAGAUCUUUCAUCAGUGAGUGUAGAAAUGAUGAAUGCAGUGCAGACAAGGAGAAACUUGAUGCUGUAUUCAUUCGAAUGAACUGUGUUCUGCUUCCUGAAGAACUGGAAACCCUGUGGUACAGCCUACCAAUAACUUACCCUGUAGAAUCAAUCUCCUUGCAGAAGCUUCUUUCAUAUUUUGCAAUUAUGAGAAGACCGAAGGAUCUGGGAGACAGAAGAGAGAGGCCAGUGGAAACGAUCCAGCUCAGAAUCGCCAAUGACAUUAUCAAGUACUGGAAAGAAAUAAAGUCCAUUUUGAGAAGUAGAGACCCAAGAGGCACAGGCCAAGUCUCCUUUUCAGAGAUCUGUUCCAUCUUUCUGACACUACAAAUUAAUGUUGGCCCAACUGAAUUUGAUAUCUUGUGCCAGGCAUGUGAUUUCAAUCAGGAUGGAAACUUUCACUACAUUCCUUUCCUACAGUUUUAUACCAGGAAAAACACAUUGAAGCUAAAGUAGUAUAUUACUCCACUCUGUCCAAUGACUAACUGUGACUAGGUAAAGAGGUCACAUUGAUUUCCUGUUCUAAUGGAGAAAAAUAAGGAAACAUUACAUCACCUCUACAGUCUUCAUUUGUUUGUUUUUUUUUAGUCAUCUUUACUCCGUAUGUAUUAACACACAUUUUUUCCCCAAACAGUGUUUAUUAAAGUGCAGUUUUCUAUUUCCAAACAUUAUAGGAAACAAACAUUCAUUGUAGGACAUUUAUAUUACAUAAAGUUGAACACAUUUAAAAUACAAUAAUAUUUAACAAAUCUUGGCAGGAGAGAGAAGAGACCUGAAAAUAUGGUACAAUAAUAUACAGAGAUCAAUUACAAUAAAACACAUACAACUGAGUAGACUGUAGAGCAUCACUUUAUCAGGGGGAACACCAUAUUAAACAUUUAGAGGAGUGAGGGAUUUAUCAUUGGUUUAACUUUUAUUUAGGGUUGAAAAUUCGCAAAUUUAGACUCAUCCAAGGAAACAGCUUGAAUGUAGUGUGAAAUGGUUAGAUUUUUGCAGUGGACAAUGAUCGAACAGUAAAAUUGCGGACUCACACCAGCGUGGACCAAACUGAAAAAAGGUAUCUACAUCCAAGUGCUAUUUAUGAAGAAUCUGCACCUCUUUGAUACAUGUGGGGAAAGUACAUGACUUACACCCUGGCAAAUGGGGAUAAAAAGAACUUUCUAUGGUUAAAGCAUUACUGUCAUGACUUGCUAGAAUUUUUUUUUUUUUUUUUUUUUUUUACAUUUCUUACUUUCUUAAUCUAAUUACUUUUAACCCCUUCCCGCUAUAAGACAUAUGCAUACGUCCAAUCAUCCGACACGUUCGCGCAAUUGGACGUAUGCAUACGUCAUAGCGAUCUCCGGCACUGCCGCGGGCAGCGCAGGAGAUCGGUGACGGGACCCGGCUGUCAACCACAGCCGGAGUCCCGCCGCAGCUGCCAGAGCGGCGAUCGCACUGGUCCCAGCAGCAUUAACCCCAUAGAUGCUGUGAUCAAUCUUGAUCAGGGCAUCUAUGGUGUUGACAGGGGGGGGGUGCUCUCCACGUUCUCCAAUGGCGCCGCCGCGAUACAAUCACGGGUCGCUGUUGGUUGCUAUAGCAGCAGGAGGUCAGAUCAUGACCUCCUGUAUGCCUGCUACGGAAGCCUGUGAGAUCCAGCCAGAGGCUGGAUAGCACAGGCUGUAGUGUCUGCAGCUCAUCAGGUUAUACUGUGCUGCAGUACAAAUGUAUUGCAGCAUAGUAUAACCCGUAGAAAGUGUAAAAAAUGUAAUAAAAUGUUCUUCAAUAAAAGUAUGAAGUGUAAAAAAAUAAAAAUAAAAAAAAUGCCCCCUCCCACCAAAAAAGAUCAAAAACACAAAUCAUAUACAUAAUAGGUAUUGCCACGUCCGUAAUGAUGUGUACUAUAUAACUAAAAUGUAAAUUAUCCCACACGGUGAACACAAAAAAAAAAAGAAGUAAAUUUGGCAAUUUUGGUACAAAUAGCGGAAUAAAAAAAGACCAAAAGGAAGCACGCAGCACAAAAAUGAUACGAAUAAAAAGUACAGCUCAUCCCACAAAAAAUAAGCCAUUACUCAAUGGCGUCGGACGAAAAAUAAAAAGUUACGGCCGUUGAAAAAUGAAUGGCAGAAAAAGAAUUUUGCUCAGAAAAGGAAAAAGAAGAACAUAGAAAGCUAUAUAAAAUGGGUAUCGCCAUAAUCGUACUGACCCACAGAAUAAAUAUAACAUCACUUUUACUGCACAGUGUACACCAUAAAAAAAAAAAAAAAGGCAGAAAUUUUCCAGUUUUUCACAAUAUUUAGAAGUUUUAAACAAAAAUGCUUCAUGUGUCAACAAAAAUGCACCACUUGUAUAAAGUACAAUAUGUCACGAAAAAAAACCUCUCAGAAUCGCUCUGCUCAGAAAAAGCGUUCUAAAGUUAUUACCAUUUAAAGAGAUACAUGUCAAUUUUUUUUUUUUUUUUAAAGAGCCUGGUCAUUAAAGGGUAGC